AUGGCUUCCACACCAGCGCCGGCGUCGUCUCCAAUUUUCAUCGACGCCGAAUCCCUGCGCGCCACCCUAUCCCACAGCUCCUUAAUCCAACACUUCCAGACCUCCCUCCCCGCCGUCGCCGCCACGCUCCACACCCCAAUCCGCCAAAGCUACGCCGUUUCACCAACCUCCAACCUCCUCCUCAUGCCUUCCUGGUCCACCUCCCCUUCCUCCUCCCUCCCUUACAUCGGCGUCAAGCUCGUCACCCACUUCCCCCAAAACUCCCACCUCCACAGCCUGCCCGGAAUCCACGCCAGCUACGUCCUCUUCAGCUCGGCCACCGGCCAGACCUUGGCCACUAUGGACGGCACCCUCCUAACCCUCUACCGAACCUCCUGCGUCUCCGGGCUCGCAUCGAAGCUCCUCGCCCGGGCCGACAGCCGGGUCCUCGUCAUGGUCGGCGCGGGCGCCCUCGCGCCACACCUGAUCAGGGCCCACCUCGCCGCCCGGCCGGGGCUGCGGGAGGUUAUAAUCUGGAACAGGACGCAGAGCAAGGCCGCCGAGCUCGCCGAGAAGCUGAACUAUGAACUCGGUGGUGGUGGUGGUGGGGUGAGCUGCAGGAGCGGCGGGGAGGAUUUGGACGAGGUGAUCGGGCUGGGGGACAUAGUGAGCUGCGCGACGAACAAUGCGGACGCUGCGCCGCUGGUGAAGGGAGGGAAGCUGAAGCGCGGGGCGCAUUUGGAUUUGGUGGGUUCGUUCAAGGAGAACAUGAGGGAGUGCGACGACGCUGCGCUGAGGAGGGCAGGGGCGGUGUUUGCGGAUAAUGAAGCGGCGUUGGUGGAGGCAGGGGAGCUGGUGGGCGGGUUCGAGAGAGGUGUGAUUGGGAAAGGGGAAGUUGGGCUGCUGGUGGAGUUGAUAAAAGGGGAGAGAGCUGGGAGGAAGGAUUGUGAUGAGAUCACUGUGUUCAAAUCUGUUGGUUCUGCUGUUGUGGACAUGCUCGCCGCGCAAUUCGCGUACGAAGCUCGAGCUAGGAAGUAA